AUGCAGGUGCCACAGAAUGGAGAGGACUUUGCCAGCCAACCCUGGUACCACGGCCUCCUGUCCCGCCAGAAGGCAGAGGCUCUUCUUCAGCAAGAUGGUGACUUCUUGGUCCGUGCGUCUAGGACCUGUGGGGGCCACCCUGUGAUCUCCUGCCGCUGGCGGGGCUCUGCCCUGCACUUUGAGGUGCUUCGUGUGGCCUUGCGUCCCCGGCCAGGCCGGCCCACAGUCCUCUAUCAGCUGGAGGAUGAGCGCUUCCCAAGCCUGCCUGCCCUGAUUCGCAGCUAUGUGCAUGGCCAGCGUCCACUGACCCAGGCUACAGGGGCUGUGGCCUCCAGCCCGGUGAUGCGGCAAGGGCCUAUUCCACGCAGCUUUAGUGAGGACACCCUCCUAGAGAGCCUGUCUCGGAUAGAGCUACUCAGGGCUAGGAAGUGGAGUGACAGUCAGCCUGCAGGUUUGGAACACGUGGGGUGGUCAAGAGAAGGCCACUCUGACCCAGGAGCCUCCCCUGGGCCCACACUUGCCCUGACUUGCAUGGGUAGUGACCCUGAGCUGCUGAAGCCCCCCGCUCCCCUGGGAUCCAUCGCUGACAGCCUCAGCGCCUCAGAUGGGCAGCUUCAUGUUAAGACGCCAACCAAGCCACCUCGAACGUCCUCACUGGUGCUGCCUGAUGCCUCUGAACAGCCCCCAACUUACUGUGAGCUGGUGCUCCGCGUGCCCAGCGCCCAGGGAACACCCCCUGGCUUCCAAUGCCCACAGCCAGAAGCCCCCUGGUGGGAGGCCCAGGAGAAGGAGGAGGAGAAGAAGGAGGAGGAGGAGAAAAGUUUUGCAAGACCACAGGCAGACAUCUCUUUCUGCCACCCCGGCAAAUCCUCUGGCCUUCUGGGCCCCCAGAAUCGGCCCCUGGAGCCCAAAGUCCUGCAUACUCUCCGAGGCUUGUUCCUGGAGCACCAUCCCGGGAGCACUGCCCUCCACCUGCUCUUGGCAGACUGCCAGGCUGCCGGCCUGCUGGGAGUGACCCAGGCUCAGCGGGAUGCCAUGGGGGUUGACUCUGGCCUGGAGCUGCUCACACUUCCCCAUGGCCAUCGUUUGAGGUCAGAGCUGCUGGAAAGGCACGAGGUGCUGGUGCUGGCCGGCGCGCUGGCGGUGCUGGGCUGCACGGGGCCGCUGGAGGAGCGCACGGCCGCCCUGAGGGGCCUGGUGGAGCUGGCCCUGGCGCUGCGGCCCGGGGCGGCGGGGGACCUGCCCGGACUGGCCGCUGUCAUGGGCGUCCUGCUCAUGCCCCAGGUGUCCCGGCUGGAACAAACGUGGUGCCAGCUCCGAAGGAGCCACACCGAGGCCGCAGUGGCCUUUGAGCAGGAGCUGAAGCCGCUGAUGCGGGCGCUGGAUGAGGGCGCGGGACCCUGCGACCCCGGCGAGGUGGCGCUGCCUCACGUGGCUCCCGCGGUGCGCCUUCUGGAAGGCGAGGAACUCCCCGGGCCGCCGGAAGAGAGUUGUGAGCAGCUGCUGCGCACCCUGCAGGGGGCGCGUCAGACGGCCCGGGACGCACCCAAGUUCCGCAAGGCCGCGGCCCGGCGCCUGCAAGGAUUCCGGCCGAACCCUGACCUGCAGGAGGCCCUGACCACUAACUUCCUGCGGAGGCUGCUCUGGGGGAGCCGGGGUGAGGGCGCUCCGAGGGACAGUCGUCUGGAGAAGUUCCGGCAGGUGCUCAGUGUCCUGUCCCUGCGCCUGGAGCCUGACUGCUGA